AUGUCCCGGGUCCUGCCUGGCCUGCUCGUGGCAAUAGGCGUCGGGGUCGCAAGCGGCUACUACACAUUCCAACCCAUGAUUGUCGAAGAAGUCGUCGCUCAACAACACGGUGGCGAUAUCAAAGCGGCAGAGGCGGCAGUCGAAGCAGAGACGGGUGGCAAGAAGCUCUUCAACACUGCUGUACGUGAUUUGGCAGAGAAGCGGGCGGCCCAGGACGAGCAGGUGAAGCAAGCGUCUGCUCUUCCUCCUGCUGGCAAUGACGUCGCGCCGAGUGCAGCAAAGAAGUGA